AUGAAGAAGAAGGGAAUAGGAAAUGCUUAUAAACCGAAUGACGGACAAGAUGAUGAUUUUCUGUUUGCGCGGCAGUUGAUCGUUACUGCCAAAGGUAGGCAGGUGGCUGCGCAGAGUCUUAUGACACUGACCCCGCGACGAGGGAAGCAAAAGGCAAACGAUACAGCCUUGGCUUCGAUAACGGAAACGUUGGAGCAGGAGCCUUGCGGCUAG